AUGGUGUCUUCGCGACCUGUCGCAUCGUCUUCCAGGCAGCGCCCAGACGAAUCAUGGAUCGAUAUCGCAUCCGGCCCUUCGUCGACCUCGUUGUCCUCUGUGGCUGACGAGAUCAUCACGACCGGUCUCACGGUACAGCACGACUCGAGGCUCCACCGGCGACAGAACCGGCGCUCAAGGGGCGGCGGUCAGUUCUCUGUAGGCACCGGCCACAGGGUUGCUGCUGCAGGCGGGAACAGCAGUCAGGAGGAGUAUGAAGAGAGCGAGAGCGAGUCGGAUCGCGUCAUGACGUCUUCGAACGAGGCCGUUGGUCCCUCUCUGCUCAAACACGAGUUCCCGUCUCCAAGUCCACAGUCAGUCGCGUCUUCGGAGACUCUGUCAGAAAGAGAGGAUGACGAAGAAGACGAGAAUGCAACGGCUGUGAACUAUCCACGCUCUAGCAGACGCGAGUUUCAGCCACGACCCAACGCCUUCUCCCAUCCGAACAGCCAACAAGCCAUCCGCUCGCACUCCGGCACCUUGUACACACCUCGUCGAGCUGCGAGACCGGCAGGGCAGCGACAAAGUUCCUAUCCUCAACACACGCCCUUCAACGCGGUAGCUCCCAACUACCAACCCGACCAUGACGAAGCCCUACGCGCCAGUCUGUCAACUCUGUUGUCUGCUGCCGCUGCGGUGCGAGGGCUACCCAAGCCGGGCCAGCCACGCACAGCCCCGCCCUCGUCGACUCGGGUCGACCCGUCGUCACUCCGCAUGGUCCCGGAGUCUGUGGCUUUGGGCAACAUAGCCGAGGAGACGACGUCGUCACCGCGCAGUGUCAGUAGCGGCCCGUCGGAGAAGCCCAAGCGCAAGGCAAACGCGCCCCUAGCCAGCGCCCGGAGCAGCAGUAAAGACCGCCGCGCCGUCCGAAAGGUGCGCAAGACAGGCCCGCUCAUUGAGGAGAUUAGCCCGACGCUGCUCACCUGGGUGGUCAGCGCUGGUGUGGUGGUUCUUGUGAGCGCCAUUGGGUUUUCAGCAGGCUAUGUCGUUGGUAAGGAGGCAGGCCACGCAGAGGCCAUGGGGCAGCUUAGUGGUGCUGACGCUGGUCGUUGUGGCAAGGAAGCUGCAUCUGGCAUGCGAAGCACAGGCUUGGGGCUGAGAAAGCUCAGAUGGGGAUCUGGCGCUGGUAUCCGUGUUUGA